AAAUAAAAAUGUGUCUCAUCUUCCCCUACCAUAAUAUAUCAUUAAAUCUGUAAUCAACUCAGUCAAGUAUUUCCGCUCUGCUCUCUUGUAUGCUAAGAAAAUUCUGUUGCCCGGUAAAGUUUAAAAAUUUAGUUGAAUGGAUUCGAGUAUUAUUAGUAACGGUCUUGUGUUUAUAUCGAUACAGUUUUGCUAACAUACACUUUUUUCAAUACUUGUGUUGUGAAUAUAAGCAGUUCAAACAAAUUGAUUCCGAAAUGCUGAAGAAAGCCAGGGAUUCGGACUCGAAGCCUGUAAAAGGCACCGGUUUUUUGAAACCUACGUUAUCGUAUCAACAAAAAGUUGUUCCUAGUAAAGCAGAAGCACAUAGAAAAAUAUUGGGAAAACGAAGUAAAAGAAGAAAAGUUAAAACGUCUUUUAGUGAAACAGAUUGUGGUAAUGGUGGAGAUGGAGUCAUUAAUUCCGCCGUUCAAGUUUAUUCUCGGCCAAAUGCAAGUGAAAAUAUUGGUGAUGUUUCUCCUCAUUCUGAUGAACUAACCUCAAAAAACCAAGACUGCAAUGAUCUUGAAAAUGAAUCUUCAAAAUUUGUUUGCCCAAUUGCAGAGAAAAUAUGUGAGAAUUCAGAAAUCUAUAAAACUAAUGGAAAUCCUGAAAAAACGGACACAUUUUCUGCUGUAAAUAACCCUGUAAUAAAAGUGGAUGUACAAAGAAAAUUCAACCCCCUUCAAGACAGAAGCAACAAUUUUACAGUUUAUUCCCAACUUGCAUCAGAGUCAAGCAAAGAUUACCAAAUGGGGGUCAUCAAAAAGCUCAACAACAAAAAAGAGAAAUAUAAAAGAAAGGUUCAGAAGUUGGAAUCUGAAAUGAGAGUUCUUAAACGAUGCCAAACGAGCCGUAAAUCCAUAGAAAUACCAUUACAUGAAGUGAGUUUCUAUACUUCAAAUUUAGUAGGCGAAGGAAAAUUGACGAAUGUAUACUGUGGCACUUAUAAUGGAAAAGCUGUGGCUGUUAAGAAGUUUGUGCAAUCAUGCAUGAUAACAACAUCAGAUCGAAGUUAUAUAAGCGCUGAAGCUGGGUUGCUGGUUGGUCUUAAUCAUCGAAAUAUAGUUCGCCUAUAUGGAGUUUCUUCUUCUGCUGUUACCCCUCUUAUCAUUACCGAGAUGGUUCAUGGGAAAACUUUAAAAGAUCUCAUUGCAAAUCAAGGUUUGGAUGAGGUUCAUUACUAUAAAACUGUGCGUGAUAUAUCUCAAGGGUUGGCAUUCCUACACAACCAGAAACCACCCAUUCUGCAUCUUAAUAUAAAACCAUCCAAUGUCCUUAUUGAUUCAUCAGGAUGUUCCAAAGUAUCGGAUUAUGGCUUUGCAAAACUGAGGGAUUAUUGCAUGCUUGGUUCAAACUACAUGGCUUAUAUAGCCCCUGAGUUACUGGAAUAUCCCUCACACCUGACAACUAAGAUUGAUGUUUAUGCCUUUGCUGUGUUGUUAUGGGAGAUGGCAACUGCAGAAAGUCCCACAAAAGGAAAAUCAACUUUUCAGAUAUUUGAAAUGGUGCGUCGUGGGGAAAGAUUGCAUCUACCAUCCAGUCUUCCACAUUCAUUUCACAAAUUAAUCGGGAAAUGUUGGAAAGCGUCGUACGUUAAUCGACCGUCAUUUAAAGAGAUAAUUAUUGAAGUUGAAACAAUGAAACUUCCUCAAGAUUGGAACAAUAAGUUACGAGAAGCUGAAGUUGAAAGAAUAAACACAUCGGACAUGACAUGCAUACCAAGCUCAACCAGUUAUACAAGUAGCAGACAAAAAACUUCUGACGAGUCCCAAGUCUUUGUUCUUGAAAAUGAUUGCACCGCACACACAAGUCACUUUCCGUUUGACUUCAAAAGUUCAAUUAUUAAAGAUAAACCAGAAACACCUCAACCCUAUAGUGAAGCUUGUUACGUGCCUCAAUAUUCAAGGAAUGACUUUUCAGUUUCAAAAGUUACGCUAUGUGAUUCUCUCAGACGUAACACAGAGGUAAAAAAUCCUGAUUUUUUAAACCAAGUUGGCUCUAGGUUCGAUGACAGAUACAAAGAAUUUGUGAAUGAAACGAGUGCGGCUGCUUCAUUGGCAUCAAGGGUGGCGGAAUUAAAUAUGUUGGGUUGUGAAAAAUUGGAUAAUAUUCAAGUUCAUAGUUUACCAUCUCAAUCUGCACCUUCUGUUAAUAUGGGACCAGUGCUGCAUAAUUUAAAUCGAGUCUAUACAAACUCCAGUGUUUCCGGAAGUUCUGUUGUCACACAAAAAUUGUGCUCGGAAAUUAAAGACGCAGAAAAAGUUUUAAGUAAUGCUAAGAAACUGUUGGCUAACAGUCCAAUAACAAAGCAGAAAUAUGGAAGAAACUUCAAGCUACAACCAAGAACUGAUAAAGUAAAUAAAGCUCCAUCCUAUCUUCCUGAAACAGAGUUGAAUACAGACGGUAAUAUCCAAUUACCAAUCGCAAAAGGAUCAUCAAGUUUACAGAGUGCAUUAUCUCAGGAAUUGAACAAAGAAAAUCAAAAUCAAGAGAAAACAAGGUUUUGUAAGACAGACGAAAAAGACGUCUCUGACGUCAUCGGAAUUCACUACAAUGAUGAAAUGUAUUAACGAUAACUAUUAACUAGCUAUUUAGUAGGGUGGAGGUAAUUGGGACACCUAGCACAUAUUCUCCCAUAUCUUAACACCGAUUUUUGCAAGUUAGUAACCGAAUACUGUUAUAUAUGAAAAAAGUGCGAAUAAUUUUGUAAUAUUUUUAUUUUUUAUAAUCAAAUGGGUCUGUUACAGAAAAAAGAAAAAGACCCAUAUUGCCCCGCGGUUUCACUUUACCCCGUAGUACUAAAACUUUGUACUUUUUUAUAUUCUUUUUUUGAUUUAAUAUAUUUGCACAACGUAUGUGUCUAGCAAUGCUUCAUUUUAAUUUUAUAUUCGAGUAAAUAGAAAACAUAUACUAGACUCGUUUUUGCAGUACCUUAUAUUGCUUGUUAUUUUAAACUGUGAGUGUAAUAACACGAGAUUAAAGAUGUUAAAUAUAUUUUUAUGUUAACACUGUGGGUAUAGUAGGGUGGGGUAAGAUGGGAUAAGUUUUCGUUCUAUUUCUUGUCCCAUUUGGUAGUAAACAAAGAACAUUCAACAAAUUAUAUAACCGUAGCCCCGUAACUCGAAAAGUUGUCAAUUGUUUAAAACACAAAUCAAAAAAUAGGAUUUAGGUGCUAACGGUGUCCCAUCUUACCUCACAUUAUUAUAUCAGAAGUAUUGGAUUGUAGUAAACUUAGAAUUUGCAAAUCGAACUACUAUUGCAUUUAAUAAAACGUGUUAAUACCUCUUA